AGUUAGGAGGAGGAGAAGGAGGGAAUCCAGAUGGGAAGGAGCCGCAGGAGAGAGAGAUAGAGAGAGAAAGGGAGACGGACUGUGGAGGAAAGACACAAGCUUCAUCUCUGCCAGGAGAUGAAAGACACUUUUUCUUACACUGAACGAAAACGGAUACCACUUGGUGCCGCCAUGUAUUUUGGUAGUGUGUGUCACAGCGCUCUGCUGCCGCUGGCCCGCCCGACACUGGGCAGGACCCAGCCCUCCCCAGACCCGAAGCCCCUCGUUCCUUUCCACCUGCUGCCUGGAUUCACAGACAUGGAUCACAUCCAUAAAGCUCUGAUUGGCCCAGGCAUCAGGCUAACCUCGCCGCUAAAGAGGAAGCAAAGUUCCUGCGGAGUCUGUCGACUGAGGUUUAACUCUGAGGUGCAGGCUUCUUCCCACUACAGUGGCACCAAACACGCGAAAAGGCUGAAAGCGAUGGACGCCCCUGAUUCACAGAUCAGGACCUCUGAACUGGUUGCCAAGGAAACCACACUGCAAAUCCUACCGUCACCCUGCUCUCAGCCUUCCAGCUCUGACACAACAUCAGGAGAUCUGUCAACCCCAAACCUUACCUUAGAAGCGGCACCUUUGAGCAGCGUCACCACUGAAACUAUGAAUGCACCCUCUGACCCCUCCCUGUCGCCUGGCCUGAGGACACCAGAGAAAGAGACAAAAAGAGACGAAGAGGUGGACGCGGCUCCAGAAGAGGAAACGGAAGAAGAGAAAGCUAUACGUCUUCUCUACUGCUCCCUCUGUAAGGUUGCUGUGAACUCUGCCUCCCAGCUGCAGGCCCACAACAUUGGCACUAAGCACAAGACAAUGCUGGAGGCAAGGAGUGGGGGUGGAGCCAUCAAGUCCUUCCCGAGGACGGGGAUCAAGGCCAAGUUGGUCGCGGCAGCUGAGUCGUCAACUGGACUCCAGAACAAAACUUUCCACUGUGAGAUCUGCGAUGUGCACGUCAACUCUGAGACCCAGCUCAAACAGCACAUCAGCAGUAGGAGACACAAGGACAGAGCAGCAGGUAAACCAGCCAAGCCUAAGUUCAGCCCUUACCCUCCCACCCAGCGCCAUCAGAGUUUCCAAGCAAUCGGUCUCGCUCUACGGAAAAACCAAGAGCUGACCAAACCUAUGGCCUCCUGUCUUCUACAGCGUCAACUUUCCGUUGCUGCUGCCAUGGCAACGAUGCCACCCUUCCCUCUCCGCCAUGCCUCGAGCCCCUCCCUGUAUCAGAGUCAGCCCAUCCCCCAGGCGCUACUGCAUCCGGCCCCUGGACCCAUCUGUUCGACACACGCAUCAGUUCUAUUUUCCCCUUACUGACCCCGUCGAGGUCUCAAUCAGCUGUGAACUGCAGCUAAAAGCAGACCUGAGACCUGAACAAGAUGUGAUAUAAGACAGGGCUUACAGUACUCUGCGGUGUCAUGGACCAGGACUGAAUAUUAUUUGCUGUGGCCAAAACCAUAAAGUAGAAUGGGAUGGAGGAAGCACAAAACAGUAAAUGAGCGAAAACAAGAGCGUGUGUGAGUGUGAGUGUGUGCGUGUGCAUGCGCAGAUAUAGCCAUCAUAGAGGUGCAAUUCUUUACAUUUUGCUGCACUACUGCUUUAUUCCCCCAGUAAUAAACAAGUUUUAUAGAUGCUGAUAAUCUAUAUGACAAUCAAGAAAAUCUCUCUUACAAUAGACAGUUUAACUCAUAGACAUAAAGAUGCAUGAUGAUAAACUUCCAUGAUGACCAUAACUGUGCGUAUUUGUGUGUGUAGAUAAGCGUACGAGUACGAAUGCCAAUCAGAGUAUGCUUGAAGAAGGAUGUUUAUUAUUUUCCAAUAAACAAUAGCUGUGAUACUCA